AUGGGGAAUUGUGAUAGGGAUGCGGGCGAUUCUGGAAUUCAUUCACCGGAGCAUUUAUCCGGUUCACAGCGUAAAAGCUCGCAGUCAUCGGGAUCACGAUGUGGAUCGGGUCUUAGUGGUUCACCACGUGAUCUUUCUCCUCCAUUACUUCAGGAAUUAGCAUGUAUGAAUCUUCGCGAGAUGGCUUCUCGACCAGAUAUUGGUCGUGCUGGCCGUCAAAUAGCAGUUCGUUCGAAUUUUUUUGAAGUCGGACUUGUUAAUAAUAAUAUGAUGGUUAUUCAAUAUUAUGUAGAAGUUCAUCAUCCAGGAUCCAGAAAAUUAGACAGGGAGGAAAAUCGUGCGAUAUUUUGGAAAGUGAUAGUAGAUCAUGGCCAAUAUUUCCCAAAUAAAUAUGCCAUUGCAUAUGAUGGAGCGCAUCAAUUGUAUACUCCAACACGUAUUGAAUUUCCUGAAGGACGUCCAUCUAUUCGGCUGGAGAGUGAUGUUUCAUUGGCGAAGGAUUCACGAGAACGUACCCGUUGUGCAGUCUCAUUCCAAUGUGUGGGUCCUGUACUUAUUGAAAUGCGGCGCACAAGAACAAAUAAUUUAGAUGAAAGAAUUCUAACUCCAAUUCAAAUUAUUGAUAUUGUAUUUCGUCAAUCACUUACUUGCCCAUAUAUUGAAAAUUCUGCAAAUUUUUUUGUUUAUAAAUCAUCGAGCUAUCGCUUACCCGUGAAUGGUGCGACAGCAUUGGAUUUAGAGGGUGGCAAGGAGAUGUGGACCGGAUUUUUCUCCUCUGCACAUGUAGCAGCUGGUUGGAAAGCGCUCCUUAACAUUGACGUGACGCAUACAGCAUUUUAUAAAGCGCAUAUUUCGCUGGUUCAAUUUAUGUGUGAAGUGUUAAAUGAAAAAUCGAGCCAUUAUUGUCGGUUAAUUUCUAAGGAAGAUCAUCGCGAUAAUUUGUCAAGUAGCACACGUUGCACACGUGGUAGAUCCCGUUACGGUAGCGGCUACAGAAAUUCGUCAUCUUACUCACGUUAUAUGAAUAAUCGAUAUCGUGAUUAUAGCUAUCAUGAUUACAUCGAAGGAGCACUUUCUCCAGAAAAGUUGCACAAAGAUUUCUCGUUAAGUAGCCAUGAAUCAAAAAUUUUCGGUGAUGCGGUAAAAGGAAUUAAAGUACGCAUUUCACAUCGUGCUGGUAUCAUUCGCGUUUACCGUAUUAACAGCCUUCAACUUCCAGCUGAUCAACUUUGGUUUCAAGGUAAAGAUGAAGAUGGUAAUGAACGUCGGAUGACAGUAGCUGAUUAUUUUAGUGAACGUUAUAGUGAGUUAAAAUAUCCGAAACUGCCAUGCGUUCAUGUUGGUCCAAUAACACGUAAUAUCUAUUUUCCACUGGAAGUUUGUAUGCUUGAUACACCGCAGAAAUAUAACAAGAAAUUGAACGAUAAGCAAACAUCAGCUAUUAUUCGAGCAGCAGCUGUUGAUGCAAUUUCACGUGAACAACGUAUUUCAUCACUAUGUGAGCAAGCUGGCUUUCAAUAUGAUCCAUUCUUACGUGAAUUCGGAUUACAAAUUAAUCCGAAAAUGUUUGAAACGAUUGCUCGUGUUUUAACACCACCUCGUAUCCUUUAUGGCGAAAAUAAUCGUAAAAUGGAUCCAGUUGUUACACCAAAAGAUGGAACUUGGUCAAUGGAUAAUCAGCAGUUGUAUUUACCGGCUAGCUGUCAUAGCUAUUCCAUGAUAGCACUUGUCAGUCCACGAGAGCAAAAUCAUUUACAAGCUUUCUGUCAAGCACUCACACAGAAAGCUAAUCAGAUGGGAAUGGAAUUCCCAAAUUGGCCUGAUCUCGUAAAGUAUGGUCGUACUAAAGAAGAUAUUGUCAUUUUGUUCAAUGAAAUUGCCACCGAAUAUAAACAAACAGGGACUGCAUGUGAUCUUGUCAUCGUUGUAUUGCCAGCCAAAAAUGCUGACCUUUACAUGACAGUAAAGGAAUGUAGUGACAUGAUACAUGGAAUAAUGUCGCAGUGCAUUCUGAUGAAAAAUAUCAUACGUCCAUCACCUGCCACAUGUUGUAAUAUGAUUUUGAAAAUGAACAUGAAAUUAGGUGGCAUUAAUUCACGUGUUAUUGCCAACUCGAUUACUCAAAAGUAUCUUAUCGAUGUUCCAACUCUCAUUGUCGGAAUCGAUGUAACGCAUCCGACACAGCAUGAAGAACGGCAGAACGUUCCAUCUGUUGCGGCGAUUGUUGCCAAUCUCGACUUGUAUCCACAAACAUACGGUGCAAAUAUCAAAAUCCAGCGUAAAUGUCGCGAAUCAGUUGUUUAUCUUCUGGAUGCUGUCCGUGAACGUCUUGUCAGUUUCUACAAAGCAACACAUCAAAAACCAAUUCGUAUUAUCGUUUAUCGUGACGGAGUUUCCGAAGGACAAUUCAGCGAGGUUUUACGUGAAGAAAUGCAAGGUAUUCGUACGGCAUGCUUGAUGCUAUCGCCGGAUUAUCGACCACCAAUUACAUAUAUCGUCGUACAGAAACGUCAUCAUGCGCGGAUGUUUUGCAAGUAUACACGUGAUGCAGUUGGUAAAGCGAAAAAUAUUCCACCAGGUACAAUAGUCGAUACAGGAAUUGUUUCACCAGAAGGUUUUGACUUCUAUCUAUGCUCACAUUUCGGUAUCCAGGGUACUUCCAGGCCAGCACAUUAUCAUGUUCUUUGGGAUGAUUCGAAGUUCACAUCAGAUGAACUUCAGUCAAUAACAUUCAGUAUGUGCCACACAUAUGGGCGUUGUGCUCGUUCAGUUUCUAUUCCUGCACCUGUUUACUACGCUGAUCUUGUAGCUACACGUGCACGAUGCCAUCUUAAACGAAAAAUGGGUGUAUACGAAUCAGAUGCAAUAUCAGAUGUCGCUUCACUUAUUUCCUCAUCUCUAUCAUCAUUAAUUUCGGCAGGACGUAUUACGAGUUUACGACACAUUAUUGAUGAUGAUGAUCUUUCAGAUGGAGAAAGUAUCAAAGAUGGUCGCGUACAAUCAAUAAUGAGCAAUAGCGAUGCAACAUUACAGGAAUAUGUUACGGUUUCGGAGAAAUUUAAGGGACGGAUGUAUUUCGUUUAA